CAAGCAGGAGCAAGCAAGUCCCCAAGUCUUUUCAGUUCUAGUGAAAAGUCCCAGCAGGUGUUCACCAAACCAGUGCCAGGGGCCGGGUGAGUUGCCUUGGCAUAGGAGAGUGGACCAGGGCCAGCACCCCAGCUGGACAGACUCCCGGCGGAGCUUCCCUCGCCAGCACACGGAGAAAAGGGUCUGGCUGGAGAAUCCGCGUCCCCUGUGCCACCUCUUGAAGGUGACGCCCCCAACAACAACAUCAACAAGUCCAAACUCUGAAGAAUAAAUCAUGGAGCUCAGAGAAAAGGAUGCAGCAGAGAACAAGGAAAACAACAGGGACUGGUCCUGCUCCCUCGUUGCCGUCUCUCUGGUGGGUGCCUUGGGCUCCUCCUUCCUCUAUGGGUACAACCUGUCYGUGGUGAACGCCCCGACCCCGUAUAUCAAGGCCUUUUACAAUGAAUCAUGGGAAAGAAGGCAUGGACAUCCAAUAGACCCGGAUACUCUGACUCUGCUCUGGUCUGUGACCGUGUCCAUAUUCGCCAUCGGUGGAUUGGUGGGGACACUAAUAGCGAAGAAGAUCGGAAAGUUUCUUGGGAGGAAGAACACCUUGCUGGUUAACAACGGGUUUGCCAUCUCUGCUGCCCUGCUGAUGGCCUUUGCCCUCCAGGCCGAAGCCUUUGAAAUGCUCAUAGUGGGACGCUUCAUCAUGGGCGUGGAUGGAGGCAUCUCCCUCAGUGUGCUCCCCAUGUACCUCAACGAGAUCUCACCCAAAGAGAUCCGCGGCUCUCUGGGGCAGGUGACCGCCAUCUUCAUCUGCAUUGGGGUGUUCGCUGGGCAGCUGCUGGGCCUGCCUGAGCUGCUGGGAAAGGAGAGCACCUGGCCGUACCUGUUUGGUGUGAUCAUGGUCCCCGCUUUCAUCCAGCUGGUGAGCCUGCCCUUCCUCCCCGAGAGCCCUCGCUACCUGCUCUUGGAGAAGCAUGACGAGGCCAGAGCCAUGAAAGCCUUCCAGACGUUUCUGGGCAAAGCGGACGUCUCCCAAGAGAUGCAGGAGGCCCUGGCUGAGAGCCACGUGCAGAGGAACGUCCACCUGCUGUCUGUCCUGGAGCUGCUGAGGGCCCCCUUCCUCCGCUGGCAGGUCAUCACCGUGGUUGUCACCAUGGCCUGCUACCAGCUCUGUGGCCUCAACGCCAUUUGGUUCUACACUAACAGCAUCUUUGGGAAAGCUGGGAUCCCUCAAGAAAAGACGCCCUACGUCACCCUGAGCACGGGCGGGGUCGAGACCUUGGCCUCCAUCUUCUCUGGCUUGGUCAUCGAGCGCCUGGGGAGGAGACCCCUCCUCAUUGGAGGCUUCGGGCUGAUGGCCCUCUUCUUCGGGGCGCUCACGGUCACCCUGGUGCUGCAGGACCAUGCCGCCUGGAUCCCUUACCUGAGCAUCGUGUGCAUCCUGGCCGUCAUCGCCUCCUUCUGCAGUGGCCCAGGCGGCAUCCCGUUCAUCUUGACUGGCGAGUUCUUCCAGCAAUCGCAGCGGCCAGCUGCCUUCAUCAUGGCGGGCACUGUCAACUGGCUCUCCAACUUCGCCGUCGGGCUGCUCUUCCCCUUCAUCCAGAGAAGUCUGGACACCUACUGUUUCCUAGUCUUUGCUGCAAUAUGUGUCAUAGGUGCCCUCUACUUCUAUUUUGUUCUGCCUGAGACUAAGAACAGAACCCAUGCAGAAAUCAGCCAGGAAUUUGCCAAGAGAAACAAGGCGAGUCCACCAGAGGAGGCAGGGGACCCGGCCGUGGCUGAGAAGGCAAACGGAGGGCCAGGACCGGACUCCUCCUCCACACUGGACCAUGGUGUCAAAGACAGAGCUGUCUAAGUGGACCCCCCCCCAUUUCAGGAAAACGUACACCUCCACAUCUGGAGGGCUGGCACCUGGCUGAAGCCGUGCACCUCCUACAUGACAAGAAUCAGCCUGUGAUCCUCCAGUGCGACACCCUGUCUUCACAGCUGAACCGCUCAGACUCUUGAAGUCAUCUCAUGGUUUGGAAGACCCAACCUUCUUCUCACAGCUUAGUGGCCUGCCUUCUUCCUGACUUAGCCCAGUAUCGGAAAUGGGGAAAAUGGUAUCAAAAUUCCAUCUCAAAAGAAAAACAUCCAGUCUGAUGAAGGACUCGUUGGAGCAGAAGUCACAGGCUGAGGUCCUACUCCCCGCUCCCUCAAGUAGCCUUGCCCUGCCCUCUGCCUGGAUCCUGGAGCUUGGUGAUCCUUGGCUUUGGUCCUGAAUGUAGUCUUUCAGCAUUCACGGCAACUCUUUGUGCCUCCUAACCAACGCCUGUCACCAACCUUUGGCUCUGCCUGUGGGCCUCAGACUUAGGAGCGCCUAACCCCAAGGCACCACCCUGAAGCAUCUGCCUCUCCCAGACUGUUUCCCUGGGCUCAAGACUGCCAGGUCUGAGGCUGUCUGAGGCUGGGAUUGUUACAGGGGCAUAAAGAAGGUCAACGUGAGGAAGGCCCGGAGAAGCAGCGGUAAGAAAGCACUUCCCAGUACCUGGGGCAGAGACUAACUCUGUUCAAUUAAAACACAGCAUUGAGAAUGAUUCUGAGCCUUGACCUCAGCUGAUGGGAAACAACACUGUGGCUGACAGAUGGCAUCCAGUUCAGGUGCAGGAGUGAGACAUCAGCUCCUGUGGCCGUGCUGGCCAAGUCUAAAGGGAUUCAUCUGAAGAUAUACUGAGCUGCCUUGAAAAACAGCCCGCCCACCAUCACUCCAGGUGCUCAACUAAGGCUGCGUGGAGACUCGGCUGCUGUUAAGGAAAUCUAAGUGACAGUUUUAGAAAGGUAUUUGGAGUAGACAUGCCUGUGUGCCCUUCCAACGUGCCAGGGUCGUGUAGCUGCAACAACCCACAGCUCAUCCUUGUCACACUGACCUUAUGAUUUGGCUGACUCCAUAUGCUCACCUCCAAAAUGAACCAAAGUGCAAAUGACAGAUUUCAUAAGUGACAGUGUUCUUGAAUUAGACCCAUAUGUUUGGAUUUAGAGUGUCACAGCAUGUCUGGGGCCAGAGAAGAAAGACUCUGGAUCUAGCAGCUCCACCAAGCCCUCCAUCUCCUCUGACAUUCACAACAAAGGAAGCGUCAGCCAAAACCUGAGUUCUGAUCGUUGUUCCCCAUUCUUGCACCUGGUCCUCUCCUUUGGCUGAUUGCUGACUGGCUGGAUAAUUUGGGCAGCAUUUGUCAACGUGGAGAGGAAGUGAAGUGUGGGUACAAAAAGCAUGUGAGACUAAACAGAGCCAAAUAAAGUGUCAACUAGGAAUCUUUACUUUAGCCUGUUGUCACUCCCUUGGAGACCUGGGACAGUCAAUAAAUAUCAUCAGUCACCUACCAUGCACCAGGCACUAGCUGGGCACUGAUGCUGCGUAUGCAAGGUAAUGCCCUGCCCACACCUGCACAUGCUCAUGUCUGACAAAGAAGGAGAAGAAUCAAAGGAUUGUUAGUAAGGUACCCUCAAGACUUGGGGAGAGGACAAUGAUAUAGGAACAUGUGACAGGAGUGGUUGGGGUGACAGAAAAUCAAAAAACCUUCCAAAAUAAGCAACCAAAAUAAAAGAAGGUGACAGAAGAGGAAAUUUUCUUACAGGAUGUUACAUUUGAAAAGAUAGUAGAGCCA